AUGUUUAGUGAAAAUUUAUUAUCAUUUAUCUUAAUAAAUGAAUUUAGAUGGACAGUUUGUUUUAUAAUAAUUGCUUAUGUAGUUUAUAAAAUAACUAAACUUUAUGUGCGAGUAAUAAAUCUACCACCCGGACCAUUGCCUAUACCUAUAUUAGGCAGUAUUUUAUCAUUAAGAGGUAUUAAACAUCACUGGAUCUAUGAGUUCAAAAAUUAUAAUAAAAAAUAUGGAAAUAUAUUUACAUUUUGGGGGGGAAAUAUACCAAUGGUUGUAAUCACUGACCCCAUGUUGGCCCGAGUCUUGUUUCGUAAAAAUGAAAUAUCUGGUCGGCCCUCAAAUUUUAUGACUGAUAUGAUAAAUAAAAACGGUCGCACCGAUAUUGUUGGUACCGAUUAUGGCCACACCUGGGAAACAAUGAGACGGGUAACACACGCGGCUAUAAUCAAAUACAGUAAAACUGAUCAACUAAUGUAUUUGUGUAGCGAUUGUGUGGAUAAAACAGUUAAAUUAAUUAUUGAAAACGAGGGCUUAGAUAAACCGUUUGAUCCGUCAGAUUAUAUCUUUCAAUUGUUUAUUAACAUAUUGGCUACCAGUGCUUUUGGCAAUAGUUAUUUAAUGGAUGAAAAAGAGUAUAAAAACUACAAAUAUUGUAUUAAAGAUUUCAGACGUGAAAACAAUCUUAUGAUUGUAUUAAUACAAAUCAUACCAUCUCAUUACAGGGAUUAUAAUGAUAGUAUUAGUUGUCGAAAUUUUUGCGAUUUACUUAUUGCUGAAAAAGUGAAAACAAUCCGUGACUAUAAAGAGUCGGCACAAUAUUUGACUGAUAAUAACCUAUCGAUGGUUUUAUUUGAUAUAUUAUUUGCCGGCACCGACUCAUCACAGCUAACCUUUCAGUGGAUGCUAUUAUUUUUGGUAUAUUAUCCACAUAUUGAUCAAAAGUUGCGCCAAGAAAUUGAAACAGUAAUCGGAGACAGAUUGGCCACACAUGAAGAUAGACAUCAUUGUCAUUAUGCGAUGGCUUUCAUAUCCGAGUCGCUGAGAUUGAGAAAUGUGGCCCCAAUAGGACUUCCGCAUAAAACACUUGAGCGCACAACAGUUGGUAAAUAUACUGUUCCUAAAGAUACAGUUAUUGCUUAUCUUCAGGGAAUAGUUAUGAUGGAUGACAAGUACUGGUCAAAUGCUGAUAAGUUUAAACCCGAGCGCUUCCUUAUUGAUGGCAAGUUUAACAAUACCCGUCCCAUUGGUUACGUACCGUUCGGUGUGGGACGUCGUGUAUGUUUGGGUGAGAAGUUGGUCAUCGCUGACCUGUUUUUUGUUUUGAUACGAUUUCUUCAGAUGACCAGUGAUUAUGAUAUAGUUUUGGACAGUAAUGCGGGCAUUGAUCCAAAUCCUAAUAUUGUUGAUACAAUAGAACCUAAUAAUUACAAAAUAUUAAUCUCAAUGGAGAGCUUUGAAGCGAAAGGUUGGAAGCAUUCCUAA